AUGUCGGGAUGGUUAUCCUAUUUUACCGGUCAACGAGACACCAAGACCACGACACGGCAAGCGAUCGUGGGCCUCCGCGAACAGCUAGCAAUGCUGGAUAAGAAGGAGGAGCAUCUAGAGAAGAAAGUCGAAGACGAGCUCAAGAAAGCAAAGGCAAAUGCCAUUUCUAACAAGACGGCUGCGGCAGCUGCGUUACGCAGAAAGAAGACGUAUGAGCAGCAAUUGGAGCAAUUGGCGGGGACACGUCUGACACUGGAAGCCCAAGUAAAUGCAAUCGAAUCGGCUAAUAUGAAUGCGGAGACGAUGUUGGCUAUGAAAAGAGGAGCGGGCGCACUUAAGGAUAUCCACAAGCAACUUAAUAUCGACAAGGUUGAUGCUACCAUGGAUGAGAUUCGUGAAGAGAUGGAGAGAACAAAGGAGAUUGCUGAAGCUAUAUCGAAUCCUGCGGGAAUGGGUGUUGAUCUCGAUGAGGAUGCUCUCAAAGAUGAAUUGGCGGAACUGGAACAAGAAGUACUGGACGAGAAACUCGCUGGGGCGACACAUGUACCGGUUCAUACACCCGCUGGUCCAAGUCGUGUGGCUGCCAAACAACAAGCCGUAGAGGACGACGAAGAGGCUCAGCUUCGGGAAUUACAGGCAUCUCUUGCAAUGAACUAA